GCGUACAAUUUCCCCGCAACUCCCAACGAGUAAAUGAUGGGACACAGCCCGUCGAGUCUUGAUCUGAUCUGAUCCCGCGGACCCAUUGACGCUGUAGAUAAUCAGGAAGAAACAAUUGAUCUCGAGGAGAUCUACUUAUUGACCCUUUUUUUUCAGCGGACUAGAAGGAAAAAUGACCUCAGAACCGACGCGUUCAUGCGUCGUUACCGGUGCAACGGGCCUACUAGGCCGUGCGAUUUUGAAGCGGUUUGUGGAGUAUACGCCGCGAUGGGAGGCAAUUGGCACGGGUUUUACCAGGGCGAGCGGUGAUAUCGUGAAACUUGACUUAACCGAUCCCGACGCCGUCGAGAGUCUGUUACAGUCGACCAAACCUGCGAUUGUAGUCCACUCGGCUGCAGAGCGGAGACCGGAUGUUGCGAAAGAACGACCGGAUCAAGUUACACUGCUGAAUGUUGCGGCCUCGGAACAUGUCGCUGGGGUGACGGCUGCGUUGAAAAUUCCAAUGAUCUAUAUAUCCACCGAUUACGUUUUUGACGGUCAGAAUCCACCAUACGAGCCGGAAGACAAGCCCAAUCCCACAAACUUUUACGGAUCAAGCAAACUCGAAGGCGAAAAUGCGGUUUUAAAGAAAAACCCUGAUGCCAUCGUGCUUCGCGUGCCGGUACUAUACGGCGACACUGACGAUGAUUCAGAGUCGGCUAUCAACUGUUUGGUUGACAUUAUUCUGAACUCAAAAAAGGAUAAUGUCGUGGAAAUGGAUAAUUGGCAAUUGAGAUAUCCGACAAAUACACACGAUGUUGCGCGCGUGGUCAAGGAUAUCGCAGACCUUGCCAUAUCAAAACGCACAGGGCCCUCCAUUCUACACUUCAGCGCCGACGAGAGAUUUACAAAAUACGAGAUAUGCGAGAUCUUUGCCGAACUACUAGACGUCCCAACCACCUACCUCAAGCGAAUCGACAACGUAGACGAUGUCCAACGCUCCGGAACGGUCACAAGACCUUACGACUGCCGGCUGUCGAACAAGAAGCUUGUCGAGCUUGGGAUCGAUGUCUCGGCUGUUGAGUUUAGAGAGUGGUGGAAGAGACGACUGCUUCCGAGUAGAAGAUGAUUUUUUUCGACUUUUCUCUUUCCUAGAUAUUUACAUAUGUGCU